AUGGAUCGAGACACUGUGAAUUGCAGUAGUCCAUAUGGUAAAUUGAGUGGCAAUGAAGCUGAAAGAUCGGAUUUCCAGAAGAGGGUUGGAGGGUUAAUCGAGAAUGUGACUGAAAUUGCGGUUUUGGAUGGAGGAUUUGGAGUUUUCGAAAUGAAGGGAGUUUAUGGGUUGGCACAGUGUUGGAAGACUGUGAGCAAAGAUGGGUGUAGAGAGUGUUUAGAGAAGGCGGGUCAGGAGGUGAGGGGGUGUUUGCCAAGCAGGGAAGGGAGGGGUUUGAAUGCUGGGUGUUAUUUGAGGUACUCCACCGUGAAGUUCUACAGUGAUUCCGAGAAAAUGAAGGAAAAUUCUGGUAACUAG